GGCGGCGGGUUCGGAGGCGGCGGCGGGGGAUGAGCGCGGAGCGGGCGCGGGAGAUCCGCCAGCUGCAGAAGGCAAAGGAGAAAGCCCAGCGUAGCGGGAGCCUGGUGGAAGAGGCUGCGGUUUGUAACCAGCUCGGCGAGAUUUUGGCAAGCCAUGGACGCUACGAGGAGGCUCUGGAGGAACAUCGGCAGGAGCUGCAGCUGCUGGAGGGAGCCGGGGACAGCAUCGGCUGCGCCGUGGCUCACCGCAAGAUCGGCGAGCGCCUGGCUGAGCUGGAGAACUACGAGGCGGCGCUGAAGCACCAACACCAGCACCUGGAGCUGGCCCGGUCCCUCUCGGACGACACGGAACAACAACGAGCCUGGGCCACCAUCGGCCGGACGUACAUGUUCAUCGCCGACAGCCGCUCGCCGGGGGAGGAGGCGGCGGUGCCGGCGUUGCGCGAGGCCGAACGGGCUUUCCGCACCAGCCUGGCUAUCGUGGAGGAGAAACUGGAAGGAGCCGUGCCGAACCGGGAGCUGACGGAGAUGAGGACCCGGCUCUACCUCAAUUUGGGUUUGGUCUACGACAGCCUGAAGGAACCAGCCAAGUGCGACCACUACAUCAAGAAAAGCAUCUUCCUCUCCGAGCAGGGACGGCUUUACGAAGAUCUCUACCGCGCUUACUUCAACCUGGGGAACAUCCACCUGCGGGAGGGCGAACACUCCGGGGCUCUGCGCUGCCUGGCCCGGGCGCGUGAUUGCGCCCGCAAGAUGAAGGAGAAGGGGAUGGAGAGCGAAUGCUGCGGCAGCACGGCCCAGGUCCUGCUGAGUUUGGGUGACUUCGCGGCCGCCAAGCGCUCGCUGAAACAAGCCUACGUGCUGGGCUCGCGGCAACCCUGGCAGCGAGACCUCAUCCGCUCCAACCUCCGCUACGCCACCAAGGUGACGCGGCUGCAGGAGGCUCUGGAGGAGGCAGCGGCUAGUGACCCGCCGGCCGCCCUGGCCCUCUGCGAGCAGCUGGGGGACGCCUUCUCCAAGCACGGGGACUACCGCCGGGCUGUGGAGUACUACCAGAGGCAGCUGAGCUUCGCCCAGGCGCUGCAGAGGCCGGCGGGGGAACUGGCCGUCAUCCACGUCUCGCUGGCCACCACCUUUGGGGACUUGAGGGAUCACGCGCGAGCCGUCCACCAUUACCGGCAGGAGCUGGCUCUGCACCGGGGCAACGCGCUGGAGGAGGGAAAGACGUGGCUGAACAUCGCGCUGGCCAUGGAAGAGGCGGGUGAACCCCACGCCGAGCUCCAUCCCUGCUUCCAAACCGCGCUGGAGCGAGCGGAGGCGGCCGGAGACCCCCGGCUGCAGCGGCAGAUCCUGCGGCAUCUCCACUCGCUGCAGCUGCGGGACGGUGACACCGAAGCUGCCGCCGGCACCAUGGCCCGGCUGGGGGGCCUGGGGGGCUCUGCUGAGGAGGAGGAGGAGGAGGAGGAAGAACCGGAGAGCAGUGAGGCUCAGGACGAGAGCGAGCUGGAGCUGUCGGAGAGCGAGGGGGAGGAAGAUGAACUCGAUGGCUACAGUAAGAGUGUCCCCGGGCGCCGGCGGAUCAGCAAGUGGAACCGGCGGAACGAGCGGGGCGAGACCCCCCUGCACCGCGCCUGCAUCGAGGGCGACCUGCGCCGCGUCCAGCUCUUCCUCAGGCAGGGCCACCCCCUGAACCCCCGCGAUUACUGCGGCUGGACGCCGCUGCACGAGGCUUGCAACCACGGGCACCUGGAGAUCGUCCGGCUGCUGCUGGACCGCGGGGCGGCGUUGGACGACCCCGGGGGGCCGGGCUGCGAGGGCAUCACCCCCCUGCACGACGCUCUCAGCUGCGGCCAUUUCGAGGUGGCCGAGCUGCUGGUGCGGCGCGGAGCUUCGGUGACGGCCAGGAACGCCAGGGGCCUGACGCCGUUGGGGACGCUGGAGGAGUGGGCGAGCACUUACAGCAAGGAGCUGGACCAGGAGACGCGGCAGCGAUGCCGGGCGGCCGAGCGCCUGCUCAAGGAGACGGCGGCAGGACGAGCAGCCCCGCCGCAGCUCUCCCAGGACUCGCCGCUGUUCGACGCCGAACUUUCCGAGCGCCAAAUCCCGCAGCCGCGCUCCCCGCCGGCGGCAGAGCCGGACGAUGGCGACAUGUCACCGCUGAGGCCGGCGAAGAAGCGGCAGCGGGUGUUGGGGCUCGGCAGGCAGGAGGGAACGGGGCCGGGGCCGGAGCCGGCUGAGUACGAAGCCGCCAUCCGGGGUCUGGGCAGUGCCAAAUCCCUUCUUGGUGGCAGCACCGAGACGGCGUGCCGGCAACCGGCACCGCGGCCGGCCCUCAUCCCAGCUGAGCAGUACCUGGAAGAGGAGGACUGGCUGGAGGACGACCUUGGGGAGUCCCGGGGGGGCCGUAAGCGGCCACGCCGGGAACCCCAGGAACCGGCGACCGCUUCGGGGGACAGCACAGGGCCGGAGAGCGACAAUGGGGUCCCCGCUCCGAGCCGGCACCAGCCCCGGCGUCGCCGGAGCGUGCAGAGCCGGCUCACCCGCCUGGUGGAAAGGAUCCCGCUGGGGCGCUCCCGGGAACGCCGGCCCCCCGAGGCGGCCGGGACCCCCCUCCCCGAUGAGGCUGAGGACGAGGGAAGCCCCCCCUGCCUGCCUGCGCCGUUGCCUGCGCCGCUGCCUGCGCCGCUGCCUGCCCUCCGCGUGCGGGUCCGGGUCCAGGACAACGUCUUCCUCAUUCCCGUGCCCCAGAGCGAGAGCCGUGCCGUGAGCUGGCUGGCGGAGCGGGCGGCCGAGCGGUAUUACCAAACCUGCGGGCUGCUGCCGCGGCUCACCCUCAAGAAAGAGGGGGCUCUCCUGGCCCCCCAGGACCUGGUAGGGGACGUCCUGCAGAGCAACGAGGAGGUGCUGGCGGAGGUGCAGUGCUGGGACCUGCCGCCCCUGGCCGAGCGGUACCGCAGGGCUUGCCAGAGCCUGGCGGUGGAACCUCACCCGCUGCUGCUGAAGGUGACGGAGCUGCAGGAGCAGAGCCCGGGGCUGGGGGUCGAGGGGGGCCUGGCCCUGGCCCCCCCCCACCUCCCCCCGCUGCUGCGGGCCCUCAAGCUGCAAGCGCCGCUGCGGCAGCUCCGGCUGCGCGGCUGCGGAUUGCCGGACGCCAUGGCCGGCGACCUGCUGGCCACCUUGGCCACCCUGCCUGCCCUCACCCUCCUCGACCUGGCCGGGAACCGUCUCGGCGCCCAGGGGCUGCGGCAGCUCCUGCCCCGGCAUCCCGGCGCUGCCGGCGCCUUCCAGAGCCUGGAGGAGCUGGACCUAAGCCUGAACCCGCUGGGCGACGCCGGCUGCCGGCCGCUGGCCCUGCUCCUGCAGUCCUGCCCGGCGCUCACCACGCUGCGGCUGCAGGCCUGCGGCUUCACCGACACCUUCGCCCUCGAGGGGGCCGCGCGGCUGCAGACCUUGGCUCUGUCCUACAACGCCCUGGGGACGGCGGGGCUGGAGCGGCUCCUCGGCGGCUUGCCGUGCCGCAGCCUCGGCCGGUUGGAGCUGGGCUCCGUCGCCGGGCCGGGACCGCGGCCCCUCACCAGGACCCUCGGCAGGUACCUGGCGCAGGAGGGCUGCGUUCUGAGCCACCUCACGUUCUCCGGGAACCGCCUGGGUGACAGCGACGUCCUGGAGGUGGCCAGGUGCCUCCCCGCUUGCCCAGCGCUGGUUUCCCUGGAUUUCUCGGCCAAUCCCGGGAUCAGCGCCGCGGGGCUGCGGACGCUGCUUUCCGCCCUGGAAGAGAGGAGCCAGGGGCUCCAGUUCCUCAGUCUGGCAGGCUGUUCCGUGGAGGGUCCGCUGGACGACGCGACCUGGGCCAGAACCGCCGGCAAGAUCCGGGAUCUCCGGCUCUGCGGUCGGCACGUCAGCCGCAGCGACCAGCAAAAUGCCGGCAAAGCCUGGCGCGGUCCUGCCGGCACAGCGCUCGGCGCCGUCGCGCGGCACCGUAAGCUCUUCUGUAAGAGCCUCUAAAGCGCCGGCAUCGCCGGCGCCUUGUGGUUUUAAUCGGCGUGGCCAUUACACACCGUAUUUAUGAA